AUCAGAACUCGCAGCGCAGCAGGGUAUGGCCACGCACCUGCUCCUAGCGCACUGAACCAUUUCCAGCCGGACUUUUCUCCACUAGAGUUUCAGCCUCUGUGGCACUUUUACAGCCGCUGAACCCCGAUAGGAAGUCAAUACCACAAGUCCCAACGUGAUCGCGGGGGCGCACACACAGGGGAACUAAAGCCGGAUUGAAACCUGCCGGUUGAUAGUGGAGAUUUUUGCGCAGCGGCGCCGAGUCUCUCUCUCUCUCUCUCUCUCUCUCUCUCUCUCCUCUCUCUCUCUCUCUCUCUCUCUCUCUCUCUCUCUCUCCCUCCCUCUCCCUCCCUCUCCCUCUCAGAUGAACCGGGUCGAAUGAAAGGAAAGGGUUGGGACAGGGAGGAAUAGCUGGAGGGAGGGAUGGCUGAAUAACGAGGAGAGAAACACCCACUCCGGACUGACCGAAUAGUAUCCGGAGAGACGGAGUGAGAAAAGAAAAAGAGAGAAAGAAGAAAGAGGAUUCCAUUGGGAGGCAGCAGCAGCAGUGGUCUGUGGUAUACGGAGGAUUUUUUUUCCUUUGGGAAUAAAAAGAGGACGCCUUGAAUUGAUGACUGGAGAGGUCUAGGCUGCUGGCUGUGAGGAUGUUGGAUGUCAGGAUGUUGCAGAUUAGAUGGUGUUUGUUUGCUCCACUGGUGUUACUGGCCCUAGUUUCCUAUUACCCCUGUAAAGCCCAGGGUCAAGUUCCAAGUCCAAGGAGAAUGCGUUUCAAAGUGCUGAGCCCAAGCAAACUCCUUGUGGCAUGGAAAGAGCCCAAAGGAGACUUUGACAGCUAUCUAUUCCUCUACAACAGUGUACCAGGUGGUCAGCAGAGGGAGAUCAUAGUUUCUAAAUCAGACACUAAGGUGGUGAUCAAAGACUACAACCCCUCCAAGGACUACACCGUGAGUGUCAUCGCUGUGAGUGGCAGUGAGCAGAGCAGGCCACUUCAGGGCAGACAUAAAGCUGAAAGAGGUGAGAGUGACGGAGAAGACAAAACUGAGCCCCAGAGGCUGACUGAAUCAGUUGCACCUCCUGAGGAUGCCAACGAAAUCUCUGGAGUCGAUCAGUUUGUGUGCCGCACCGAGGCCAUUGCAGACAUCGUGAUCCUGGUGGACGGCUCCUGGAGUAUUGGUCGAUUAAACUUCCGUCUGGUCCGCAUGUUCUUGGAAAACCUUGUGAAUGCCUUUGAUGUUGGCAUAGAUAAGACAAGGAUAGGUCUGGCUCAGUACAGUGGUGAUCCCAGGAUGGAGUGGCAUCUAAAUGCUUUCUCUACUAAAGAGGCUGUCAUUGAUGCUGUCAAGAACCUGCCCUACAAAGGAGGAAACACGCUCACAGGCCUUGCGUUGACUUAUAUCUUGGAGAAUUGCUUCAAGCCCGAAUCUGGCUCCCGAGUUGGACUACCUAAGAUUGGGAUCCUUAUCACCGAUGGGAAGUCCCAGGAUGAUGUCAUUCCCCCUGCAGAGAGCUUGAGAAAUUCUGGAGUUGAGCUGUUUGCUAUUGGUGUGAAGAAUGCUGAUGAGAAUGAGUUGCGCUCCAUUGCCUCUGAGCCACACAGCACUCAUGUCUACAAUGUGGCCGACUUCAACAUCAUGAGCUCCAUAGUGGAGGGACUGACCAAAACAGUGUGUGAGCAAGUGGUGCAGCAAGACAUCGACAUCAAGCAGAAAUAUAUACCAGAGACGAUGGGGCCCCCACUUGAACUGGUGACAUCAGAGGUGACAGCCAGAAGCUUCCGGGUUUCAUGGAGCCACGCCCCUGGAACUGUAGAGAAAUACAGAGUGGUUUAUCACCCUGCUCUUGGAGGAGAACCACUGGAGGCGGUAGUGGACGGUAGUGACACUUCCGUGGUGUUGCAGCACCUCAGCUCACUCACAGAGUACCAGCUGGCUGUGUUUGCUGUGUAUGCAAAUGAGGCAAGUGAAGCUCUGAGAGGAUCAGAAACAACCAUUGCUCUUCCCACAGUGACAGGCCUCCAGCUGUUAGAUGUGACUCACAACACCAUGAAAGCAAGAUGGGACAGUGUUGAUGGAGUCUCUGGCUACAUGCUGCUGUAUGCACCGCUUACAGAUGGGGGAGACCUGGAUGAGAAGGAGGUCAAAGUAUCAGAUUUAGUGACUGAGUUGGAGCUGGAUAGGUUGAUCCCUCACACCGAAUACACCGUCACAGUUUAUGCCAUGUAUGGAGAGGAAGCUGGUGACCCCAUUACAAACCAAGAAACUACAUUACCACUGAGUCCACCCACAAACCUCCAGCUUUCUGACAUCACUCACAACUCCGCCCACAUCAGCUGGGACCCAGUGUCCACAGAGAUCAGAGGUUACCGUAUUGUGUGGAUAAAGACAGAUGGACUAGUCGAGAAGGAGGUGGAGGUGCCUUCUGGGAACACUUUUGAUCUGGAUGGUUUAACGUCUCUGACGGAGUACUCAGUGGCGGUUUUUGCCUUGUAUGAUGAGGGCCAGUCAGAGCCACUCACAGAUGGAUUCACAACAACUCCUGUUCCUGGUCCUUUGAACCUGCGCUCCAGUGAUAUCAACACAGACAGCUUCCAGGUCAGCUGGGAUCACUCAGCCAGUGACAUCGUCCUCUACAGACUCUCCUGGGCACCGUUGACAGGCGGUGACACCAAAGAGGUGAUCUUGACUGGAAGUGAUAACAGAUACAUCCUGAGCGGUCUGAGCCCCUCCACAGAGUACGAGGCUUUGUUGACGGCUGUAUUCAACGAUGAAUCGGAAAGUGACACCGUCUCUGUCAUAGAGACCACGUUGACCAAGACAACAACAGUUGCCACCACAACCACAGUGGCACGUCAGGCUGUGAGAAACCUUCAGCUGAGUGAUGAGACCACCCAGAGCUUGGAGGCAUCGUGGGAGCACGAGGACCCUAAUGCGAGGAGCUACAGGGUCUCGUACGUCGGCCUCACCAGUGAUGAAAAGGAGACGUCUGUGUUGAUUCCUGGAGGUCUGAGAACAGCAUCACUUCAGUCUCUGUUAUCAGACACACAGUACAAAGUGACAGUCACAGCGGUGUAUUCUGAUGGACAAGAUGGAGACAGUGUCUCUGCCCUGGGUGCAACAUUGCCCCUCUUGUCUCCUGGAAACCUGCGUGUGUCAGAAGAGUGGUACAACCGCUUCAGGGUCACCUGGGAUCCACCUCAGUCUCCUACAGUGGGUUACAGGAUUGUCUACCAGCCCAUAUAUGUUCCAGGACCAGUUCUGGAAACAACAGUGGGUGAAAAUGUGAACUCGGCCCUGCUCCCAAACCUACUGAGUGGGACAGAAUACAGUGUCCAAGUGACGGCUUCCUACCCCACAGGACAGAGUGAACCACUACUUGUGAACACCAAGACAUUGUUCCUCGGUGUCUCUGGCUUGUCAACCUACCAGGUUCGCCCCAACAGCAUGUGCGCGCAAUGGGAGCCUCUUCUACAUGCAACAUCAUACAGAGUCUCAAUACAGUCUACCCUCAAUGGUCAGAAGCAAGAACUGAGGCUUGGAGGCCAAGCUUCUCGACAGUGCUUCUUCGACCUCACUCCCAGCAGCCAAUACCAGAUCAGCAUUCACACCCAGCUGCAGGAUAUGGAAGGACCCAUUAUCUCCGUCACAGACAUGACACUGCCAGCACCGACUCAAGCUCCGACUGAACCCCCCACCACAGAGCCGCCCCCCACCAUCCCGCCUGCCAAAGAAGUGUGUAAGGAAGCCAAGGCUGACCUGGCAUUCCUGGUUGAUGGUUCGUGGUCCAUUGGUGACGACAACUUCAUGAAGAUCACACGCUUCCUCUACAGCACCAUGGGAUCGCUGGAUCUGAUUGGACCAGACGGCACCCAGGUGGCCAUCGCCCAGUUCAGUGAUGAUGCUAGGACCGAGUUCCAGCUGAGUUCCCAUGGCAACAAGGAGGCGCUGCUGGAAGCUAUACAGAGGAUCAGAUACAAAGGAGGAAACACCAAAACAGGUCGGGCCAUCAAACAUGUGAAGGAGACUAUUUUCACCCCUGAGGCUGGAGCUAGAAGAGGAGUUCCUAAAGUCCUGGUUGUUCUCACUGAUGGACGCUCGCAAGAUGAUGUCAACAAAGUCUCCAAGGAGAUGCAGAUGGAUGGCUAUAUCAUCUUUGCCAUUGGCUUUGCGGAUGCCGACUACGGGGAGCUGGUGAAUAUUGCCAGUAAGCCAAGCGACAGACACGUCUUCUUUGUGGACGAUUUGGAUGCUGUGAAGAAAAUAGAGGAGCAGCUCAUUACUUUUGUGUGUGAGGCUGCAACUGCCACUUGUCCAUCUGUGUUGAUGAGUGGUAACACAAUGGCAGGCUUUCGUAUGAUGGAGAAGUUCGGUCUGGUGGAGAAGGAGUACAGCACCAUACCUGGAGUUUCCCUGGAGCCCGGAUCAUUCAACAGCUUUCCAUGUUACAGAUUACACCGAGACGCCCUGGUGUCACAGCCCACCAAAUAUCUUCACCCUGAAGGUUUACCCUCUGACUACACAAUUUCUAUGAUGCUUCGUCUUCUUCCUGAGACCCCGCAGGAGCCCUUUGCAUUGUGGGAAAUUCUGGACAAGGAAAACGAGCCUUUGGUGGGACUGAUCUUGGAUAACUCUGGAAAGACUUUGACGUUCUUCAACAAUGACUACAAAGGAGACUUCCAGACCGUCACCUUUGAUGGAACUGAAAUCAAAAAAAUCUUUCACGGCAGCUUCCACAAGCUCCAUGUGACCGUCAGUAAAACGUCUGUGAAGGUGGUUUUGGAUUGCUCUGUGGCUGGGGACAAACCUGUCAAUGCUGCUGGAAACAUCACCACAGACGGAGUGGAGAUCCUCGGGCGCAUGGUUCGGUCCCGAGGCAAACGGGACAACUCUGCUCCAUUCCAGCUCCAGAUGUUCGACAUCAUCUGCAGCACAUCCUGGGCCAGCAGAGAUAAGUGCUGUGAGCUGCCAGCAUUGAGAGUGGAGGAGCAGUGUCCUCCCAUGCCUCAUGCUUGUACCUGCUCCCAGGACAGCAAAGGACCUCCAGGACCUUCUGGACCUCCUGGCGGUCCAGGCAUAAGAGGAGCCAGAGGAGAUAGAGGAGAGCCUGGAUUGACGGGACCUCAAGGGCCAGUGGGAGGGAUUGGCCCUCCUGGACCUUCAGGCCCACCUGGUCCUCAGGGACCCAGUGGUCUCUCUAUCCAGGGGCCUCCGGGAACCGCUGGAGAGAAGGGAGAGAGAGGAGAGAACGGACCAGCCGGACCUCUGGGUGUUUCUGGAGCCCAGGGCUCACCUGGAAGAGAUGGCCCACCAGGACCGAGGGGUCUGCCAGGUAAUAGUGGACCGCAGGGACAGCAAGGAACUCCUGGGCCCGUGGGGGCCCCAGGAGCGCCAGGAUCUCCAGGACCGGGUGGUUCAGCAGGGUCCACAGGAGAUCAAGGGUUUCCUGGUCCUUCUGGUGUCAAAGGAGAUAAGGGAGAAAAGGGAGAUGUGCAAUCCCAAGCUGCUGUGCGGGCCAUCGCACGGCAAGUAUGUGAGCAGCUCAUCCAGAGCCACUUGUCUCGCUAUAACUCCAUACUGAACCAGAUACCAGUCCAGUCUUCAGUGUCAGUUCGAACAGUACCUGGACCACCUGGAGAGCCAGGUAGAAGAGGCCUCCCAGGACCUCAAGGGGAGCAAGGCCCAUCAGGCAGACCAGGAUUCCCUGGUACCAGCGGUCAGAAUGGAAGGCCAGGAGAUAGAGGUCUGUCAGGAGAGAAAGGGGAGAGGGGGAACCCAGGUGUUGGGAGUCAAGGACCUCGAGGACCGCCCGGACCUCCAGGUCUACCUGGUGAAGGACGGACAGGCAGCCAGGGCCCCUCUGGUCGGCCUGGUAACCCAGGAACAUCUGGGCGGCCGGGUAAUCCAGGUAGCACAGGACCAGCAGGCCCACCCGGAUACUGUGACCAGAACUCCUGUCUGGGGUACAAUGUUGGAGUUCAACAGGACUAUCGGAAUGAUUACUGAAGAGUAUUCUCCAACCGUCCUCCUCUCCUCCUCCUGUGCUCACCUCCCCAUGUCCUGUACAUAAGACUGUAAACUGAGAAAUUUGAUAAAUUAUUUCUGUAAGCCUCCUUAUUUCAAGAGGAAAAUAAGGACUCCUAACCUCUGAUCCCUGCAUCAACCUUUUUUUAUUCAUUUGUUUCUUCAAAGGCCUUCUUUUUCAGAGUUACCCCUGAAACAAAUAUCACUUCUUUUAUAAAAUGAUCUGCUUUACAGACGAUACAUAGCCAGGGAGUCUGGGAAUGUUUAUCCAACUGAUCCAAAGUUAAAAACAAGAAGCCUCUCUAAUAAAGCAAGUGUUGUUAGGCUCCUCUGUGCCCUCGUUUUAGUCUGUUUUAGUCUUUAGAAGCAUUACUUACCUGCUUCUCAGCUUUCAUUCACAGUGCUCUGUGAUUCUUAUGAAUAGAAACUGGAUUAAUUUCCACUCUCAGUUAACCUGACAGCACUGGAAUGCUAAUCUGGCUGUUUUCAUCCAUCGACAGUCUCAGAGACAAAAAUGGAUUAGCUCCCCUUCCCCUCAAGACCGAACAAAACCCCCAAUAACGCUGCUGUGAUGAUGAUCACCAACACUGAUCCUGUCUCCAUCUAACAGUUAUUCGUGCACACAAAGCUUUGCUGCGGCAGCCUACGCUUCGAGCUCAAAUCUCUUCUCAACUAAUCUCUUCUUUCAAAGCCUGAUGAAUCAGCUAAAUUGUGAUGAAUUGCUUUGAUGCUGAUUGGCUGCUCUCCUUACUGAACUAUGCCUGUAUCUGUAUGUCUUAUGCACUGUACACCGGGGCAAAAAAAUCUUCAUUUCAGUCCUGUGUUGACCCAGUUGUGAAAUUUUAAUUUCUGGUAAAGGAGAAAAAAAAAGCUGAAAGGGGCAACGUGGGAUAGAAACCAUUUUUCUUCAAUUUAAUGAACCUACUUUCUUAUUAAUACACAAUCUUUUACACUGUUAAGGCACCCAAAUAUUCCUUCAAUACUUAAUCUACUUGUUUUAUAACCUUUUAAUAGCAUGUCCCCUUUUUACUGCUUCUGUUGUGGAAUUUAAGGGCAUUGUAAUCCCUGAAAUUAAGCCUUAACAGUGCUCCGGUUUUUGCUCAGUUGUUAGGCCGUUUGUCUCAUAGAGAGGCCAAAACCUCACUGCAGCAGUUCUGGGUUUAAAUGCAGUCCUCUGCCAUGUGCUGCAUGUCAUCCCUACUCUCUCUUACCCGUAUGUCCAGUCUCUCUUCAGCUGUCCUAUCAAACCAGAGGCAACAUGGCCUUUUAAAUCAUCUCUAAAAUGCCUUAAUGUCGCUCCAUGCUCAGCCUUGAUGGUGGUGGUUUGAUGUUUGCUGUAAUGAUCCACAACCGUCACUCAAACUGACCCUAAAUAUUCCCACCACCCCAGUCCAACCCCUCCCUCACGGCGGCUACCAGUCCUACCCGCCCUAUGGCCAGCCGUAUAACCCCGCCGCAGUGGCUUACAACAAUGACCAAGGAGGUGAAGAGGAGGAGGAGGAAGAAGAGGGAGAGGAGGAGCAAGACCCUUAUUACCGUGGCUACCCCCCUCAGUACUACCCCCAGCCCCCCUCCCAGCAGGCCCAUGGGUACCGCUCCAACCCCAGCCACUCUGAGGAUACAGAGCUGAGGUCACCGGGCGUCUCCAGGAGAUUCCCCCGUGAUGUCGUCGUCAUGGAGGAGAGCAAGGAAGGAAAACUUUAGAGGAAGGACGGACUCACCUGAAGUGCUUGAGCAUCACACACUACAAACACACACACACACUGAUAUACACACAUGAAAACAAAUCAGACACUGACAUGCACACACACGCGACCCCCCCAUUCUGAAACUUUGGUGAGAUCUCCCCCUCCCUGUGCGUCAGGUGGUUUCUUCCACCAGGUGCAAAGAUGUAAAUAGCUGUGUGGACUCUUGUACGAUAUCUCUGUUAAAGGGGGGUCUGAGAAGUGCCUGAUCUAUGUUAGCAUCGUCAAGUGGUAACGUAAUGUAAAGGUAAGACCUGUUUGCUCCUGUCUCUCAGCUGAUUUCAGGACUGAACCUUUGUUUUUUGUGUGAAGCUGCAUGUCUCCUUUGAGCCAACCAUCGAGUACCCAGACAUGUGCAUCUUGUUUUGAUGUAUCCUGCUCCAUUAUUUUACAAUUCAACAUCAAGGAUGAAGAGUCGUCAACACUUGUACAGGCUGCUUUUUACAAAGAUGAAUCCUGUGUUUCCAUGCUGUUCUUAAUCUCAGUUUGUUCAAGAUGAAUUGUUUGAAAUAAUUCUGUGCGAUGCCGUUAAGUUUGCGUCUUCAUCAUCUACUGUUGAAGUAAGUCCCCCUAAACCAACUUAACAUGCAGAUUGGACACAUUUCUGUGAAAUCUAUCUCUACAUAGAAACACAAUAAAUUGUCUACUUGA